GGUGGAAUUCCCCCUCCUUCAAGUUACGAACCCAAGCGGUCAACGACACGGACACGCGUCUUCUCCACCUAUAUAUAGACCAUCCCCUCGUCUUCAAAAACACCAUGUCAAAAUUCACAACAUCAUCAACGUAGAAAUCGAGUUCAGCCCUUUGUAGCUAACAUAAAACAUCGCCAGACAUCAUGGAUAAGCGCGAGCAGUACGAGCGCGUGUUCAGCCACUUCGACGGCGACAAGGACGGCAAGAUAUCCCCCGCGGAGCUGCGCCAGUGCGUGGCUGCCGUCGGCGGGGAGAUGUCGCCGGCGGAGGCGGAGGCGGCGGUGGCGGCCCUGGACGGGGACGGGGACGGUCACCUGGGGUUCGAGGACUUCAUGGCCUUCGUCGAGGGAGGCGGGGCGGAGGAGAGGGCUGCCGACCUGAAGGAGGCGUUCCGGAUGUACGAGGUGGACGGCAGUGGCGGGUGCAUCACGCCCAAGAGCCUGAAGAGGAUGCUGAGCCGGCUCGGCGAGUCCCGGAGCCUCGACGAGUGCAAGGCGAUGAUCGCCAGGUUCGACCUUAACGGGGACGGGGUCAUCAACUUCGACGAGUUCAGGGUCAUGAUGUCGUGACUUUCUAGUCUAAAUUUUCAUCUGGGUUUGAUCCUUCGAGUUUGGCCGUCCAUUCUUACAUGAUUAGAGUGGGAUAGUUUAGUGAAAUUUAGUCACUGGUAUUCAGUUGAUUUUGGCAAUCAUGUCAUGUUCUAACCACACAAACAUUAUACUAAACAUUCAUUUAUUCCUCACGGCCGAUGUACUUGGAUCGAAAUUAGAUAUGUGAAUGAUUUUGGC